UUUGGAUCUAGUACAAUAAUAAUUGGCGGGUAAACGAACUGUGAGGGACGUGAUGAUUUUAACGGCGACGCGACGUUUCGCCCUGAACAGAUUUGAUAGAUGGACUUAUUUCAAGCAGUACAGUGCGUAUUACUCCCUAGGCUCAAAUGAUUCAUCGGAAGAUAAGUCUCAACAGUCUUGGUGGAGUGGGAAAAAUGCAUGGAAAAUAGGUUGUUUUACUUUGGGAUGUUCCAGUUUGUUUGCGGUUGGGUUUGCCGUGGCUACUUGGGGUCCUCCGAAAAAGGAUGAUAACGGAGUUGAAAUUGAAGACAAUUUUAGUCGAAAACCAAUUAUCUGGGGAUACCUUUGUCGGACUUUCAGUUCUCUGCUUGAAUUCAAUCAAAGCAUAAAGGAUCCUGUUAGUGAAAAACUCCUUCCAGAUCCAGUACAACCUCCAUAUUACCAACCACCAUAUACUCUUGUUCUGGAGAUGACCGACGUGCUUGUUCAUCCUGAUUGGAAGUUUCGCUCAGGUUGGCGCUUUAAGAAAAGGGCAGCGUUAGAUUUGUUUUUGCAACAGCUAUCUCCUCACUAUGAGGUUGUUGUCUAUACAAACGAAUCAGUAAUGGUAAGUUUGAACAUUUUUGGAAAUUUUAGUUUGGAGGAAUAAUUAGGUACACCUUUUGCAUUGUUGGUAUCAGUAACUUGCAAUAUAUAUCGUUAACGUAUGUUCUUUCCAAUUUGCGUUCAGUCUUUAACGACACCGAAAAUCGCGAGUAAAUCUAGUCCUAUCAUGCUAGAUGAGACUUGUAUAAAAGUGAAUCUUCUGACGGGAUGAAUAAAAUUACUAAAGAACCAACAUAUGGGUGGUUUCUGUAAAAACAGGUCAUGGUAAUUUAGAUGAAUAUUUUCCCAGAUGGGAAUAUAAGAGUUGAUAAAACCUUAGAAGUGGUUAAGUACUUAUUAGUGUGUAGCAGCCUAAUCUUUAGGUCUUAUCAGACUAGCUAUAGCUAAUCUGAAACGAGGAUCAGCAGCUGGUCCAGAUGGAUUGACUCCAGAUGUCUUUAAAGAUGGUGGUCCAGUUUUAGCGAUUAGGUGGACUAAUAUGUUAGCUAAGAUCUGGGAGUUGGACGUGAUCUCAUCCGACUGGUCACAAUAUUUAAGAAAGGGUCGAAAUCGUCCUGUGAUAACCAUAGAGGGAUUAGUUCGACUAAUAUAGCAUCUAAAAUACUAGCCUAAAUAACCAUCGGUCGCCUGAUAAAGACUCGUGAACUGCAAACACGAGAAAAUCAAGCUGGCUUCAGACCUGUUCGUGGCUGAAUAGACAACGUAUUCACCGUUCGUCAGGUUCUAGAACACAGGAAUGCUUAUUGGCGUCCGACAAUGGUGGUCUUUCUUGACUUAAAAGCAGCGUUUGAGUCCGUAGACCGCGAGAUCCUGUGGCAGUGUCUGUCAUUGAAAGGCGUACCUCAGAAGUACAUAAACCUUGUAAAGUCUCUUUACUCAAACACCACUAGUCGAAUCAGAGCUUAUGGCGAACUGUCAUCUAAUUUUGCAACCUCAAGUGAUAUCCAUCAAGGCUGUCCACUUUCCCUAUUUUUGUUCAAAUUCAUAGACCUACUGAUGGGAAUAACGCUCUCAUCGAUUGAAUUUUCUGGCAUUGAUCUCCCACCAGGAGGUCUACUUAUCGACUUAGAAUACGCAGAUGAUAUAGUCCUGUUUGGCGAAGACACUGAUAAAAUGCAGUCUUUUGAUAACACUGAGCAACAAUGCCAGGAUGUUUGGGAUGCGUUUCUCCCCCUCUAAAUGCCAGUUGUUGCUUCAGGACUGGCCUGCGUCAACACCUGAACUAAGGAUAGGGAGUGAAGUAGUCGACAAAUUCGAUCACAAUGGCGUCGGUGUAUACACUCCUUAUCUUCUCUUAAGCUAUGAGAUUAAAAUCGUCUCAUAUCUUUCUUUCUACAAACUAAUUUUGUCAUCCUGUACUAUGUCCUUGUAUGCAAAUUUUCUUUAUAUAUUACCACCACUGAAUUAACUACUUCUAGGAAUCCAUGUUCAUUUUGUUGUGCUAAUGAGGUAUGGUAACUUGGACCGAUGCACAUAUGUGCCUGGUCGUACAUUGUAGCUGGCUGACUUAUCAAGUCUGAAAGGCAAAGCGAUGUGUACUUGUAUUUGGGAUGUUUCGCACUCAUGGAUUGUUCGUUAAAUGUAAACAGCGUCCGAUUAAAUAAAUAUUUCCGAAAAAGGGGCGUAAGUUGUAAUCUCUUCACCAUAAUGGCAAAAUAAAUUAGUGCUUGGAUUUCGUGAAGCUCUGCAUUGCGGUUCUCCCAGGAUUUUCCAGACUUCAUCUAUUGUAUUCAAACUAGUACAACCAACGUGGAACCAACUACAGUUCAUAAGUUUUGAUUUAUUCCUGCAGUGUUCAUAUAGCUCAAUCUAUCUCGACUGCUAGUCGUGAAGUAUUUUGAUGGACUUUGGAAAUUAGACUUCACUCAUUUAGAUCAGUAAAUGUAGUCUCGCUGAAUCUUACAUCAUUUACAUCUUAUAGGUGUCAUUACCGAGGUUUGCUUGCUAAUUUCAAAUAAAUAGAGCAUUGAGUAGAUUGUUAUUAUUAAGAAUAAUAUGUUUGUAAUAUUCCAAUGAGUAGAAACAUUAAAUUUUUAGAUUUUCUGAUGUUUCGUUACUCAGUGUAGGCCAUUUCAGAGAAUAAAUAAAUAAGUUUAAUUGAUCCAAAUUUAAAUAGAAGGUAAGAACACUUGGUAUUAUCAUUAUUAUUAUUACCAUCUAUUUAUUUUUUAAACACAAACAUUGGUACAAGGAGGCACCAAAUGUAUACCCGCCGCACAGAUCAUUCUAUUUUUGUAUGGUCCGGAAUACUUCUCGGGUGCCCAAACCUGAGCAAGUGGUUUUCUCAGGUGCCGAACCCUUGACCUGAAGGUCUAAUCCACAAGACAGUAGAGCAACGUUAGGAGAUGCAGUCACAUGUUAGCCGAUGACCAUGUAAAGGCAUUUUGAGAGGGAAUGCUGACUCUCUCCACACUCGGCAUUUGGGGGGUGAGAAUAUUUGGUGCGAUCAAUCAAAAACAAGUCUGAUCAAGUCAAUGUCAUGUCAUUCCGGUCAGGGUGAUCUAUGUGCUGCAUGUUUGUUUAUUUAUGUUAAAGAGUGAAAGAACUGCAAAAUCUGUGGUAUGAAAGGAUACGGUUGAAUUUGUGUAUACGAUAGUGGUGUAAGAUGUGAAUAGAAUCAGACACGAUAGCUCGGAUGGAUGGUCCUGGUCGGAUAGAUAGUGAGGCAUUUUUUUCUAUUGAGGAAAAUAUGAUUACGUAAUAAAUGUAAAGCUUCAGCUGCUCGCUUUUCUUUGUAGUUGGAAAAGCCUUUUUUGUAUUAUUUUGAUGUUUUUAAUAUUGACUUGAUGGUUAUUGAAAAUUGCGUGAACUGCUACUAUCGAUCUAAUUUUGAGUCUUUUCAAUUCUUUUGGAUUAUUUGGAGCUUCCCUUGUGCACCUAAGAUGUUCUUUGGCUCUAGUCAAGAUUUCACGAGAUGACUCUACAAUGUUAAAGGUGUCACAACCGACACAUCCUAAUUUGUAGACAUAAUUCUGUUAUGCGAACUGAACUAUUUCGAAGGGUGUUCGUUGUUUUGUGAUAUAUUUUAAUCCUGUAUUGUUUUAAGACUCUUUGGAGUUCUGUUAUUGUACAUACAAAUUCAACUCUAUCCUUUCGUACCACAAAUUUCGCACUUUUUCAUCCUUUAACAUACAUAAACAAACAUGCAGCACAUAAACCACAUUGACCUCAAUGAUAUUGACUUGAUCAGACCUGUUUUUAAUUGAUCGCGCCGAAUAUUCUUGCUUUGUUCUAUUUAAACGUGGGUUGAUUUAACUUGUUUAUUUAUUCCCUGACGAAGUGGCGUAUACUGAGUCACGAAACAGAAAAUUUAAAAAAUUCUACUCAUUGGAAUAUUACAAAUAUAUUAUUUUCUAUUAGUCAUUUGCUUUUGUUUGUAACUGCUUACUGCGUGGAUACGCGCUGACAAAAUCUUUUCAGUAUUAUUUAUAAGUAAUUUCACUGUUUCGAAGAUUGGAGGUCCUGUCUUGGCUCAGAUGGAUCCUCAAGGACAGUUUAUUCACUUUCGACUGUUUCGCGAAGCAACCCGCUAUAAAGGAGGAAAACACAUCAAGGAUCUGUCAUGUCUUAAUAGAGAUCUCUCUCGUGUGGUGUUCGUUGACUGGGAUCCUGCUGCAGCUCAGUUGCAACCACGCAAUUCACUGAUUAUAAAACGUUGGGAUGGCGAUGAGUCAGACAGAGAAUUGAUAGACUUAGCUGCCUUCCUAAGAAGUAAGUACAGCCCUUAGCGAAAUAGAGAUUUGAAACAUCAGUAACUUUGUGAUAUUAUGAGGAAGCAUUGACGUUAAUAGUCAGGCUUUGAUUCCGUUUAUAAGUAAGCAACUAGUAAAAUUUACAUUCCCCAGUUUCUUAUGUCUUGGAUACUUACUUACGUCUGUUACCUCUCGUGGGGCACACGCCCUCCAAUCAGGGAUUUUCAACCAACUACGUUCUGGGCUCUCCUUUCCAGUUGCCAAGUGCUAUUCUUUAAAUGUCUGUGUCCGGCGUAGUGUGUGCUUUGGAUUAUAUUUCUUAUGUUUUCUCCGAAGAUUCCGAGUUAGGUCUAGCUUUGUGAUGCAGUUUGAUUAUUUCCGUAAGGUACGACCUGUUCACCUUCAGCACCUUUUUCUAAUUUCCACCUCAGCUGGAAGCUGGUUUGUUCUCUGCCACAGUAGGUUGUUGCUAAUAGUAUCUGGUCUAUGAAUCUGGAGUAUCUGGUGUCAAUAUCUAUUCUUAACUACCUGUACCUUUUUAUGAUGAUUGUAGUUCUCCAAGUUUCAGCUCCCCACAAUAGAACUGUCUUAGUGUUAGUAUUGAAAAUUCACAUUGGUUUUGGUUAAGCUGUCUUGAGUCCCAUAUGUUCUUCAAUUGUAGGAAUGGUGCCCUUGCUUUGCCAAUCCAUGCCUUCACCUCUGCAUUAGACCCCCCUUGUUUUUCAAUGGUACUACCCAGGUAUGUUGGAUAGUUGUAGUAAGGUUGUAAUAGACACUUUUAAUGCUGCCUUUCCAGUUGUCCAUGGCCUCUUUAGCUUCGGUUUCAACUUAGUAACCACCAAGUGAUGAUCUGAACCAAUAUCAACUCCUCACUUUGUUCUCAAGUCCUUCAUGGACCUUCUAGAGUCUUUAUUAAUUCAGGUAUGAUUGAUUUGUAGUGUUAUCAGUUGAAACCCAUGUAGCUGGGGGAGACUAUAAUUUAUGGACAAACUAAACAGAUUUAGGAUAACUGGUCUUGGUUUUUGGCGCGAAUUUUUUCCACCCAUUUAUCUAAAUAACGUUUCGGCAUUUAAGCUGAUUUCAGUUCGUGAUGAAAACCAUAAAUCUAAUUCCUAAUCUUAACCAUCAAUUGUAAAUCAUGGUCCUUAUUCUUCAAACUGCUUUAUAACCCUCAUUUAGCCCUAGUAAAUUGGUGGACGUUCCCAAAGGUCGUCCAUAAAUUAUAGUCUCACGAGAAAAUGGUUCCACUUAUAACGAUGUUAAUGAGAGUACAUAGAUUGGCUAGCUUCCCACUAUUCUCAUUUCUUUCUGCUAGUCCAUAUCGCCCUAUUGUACUUUCAUGUCCCGUGUUGUCCAUACAGACCUUAGCAUUCAGGGCCACCAUUAAGAUGGUCAGUUCUUUUCCUGCGCAGUUCUUUACGAUAGACUCCAACCAUAUAAAACCGUAUUUUGCCUAUAAGUGUGUUGUUUUACUGAGAAAAAUCCUAUCCAGCUGACUAGUCGUGUCUCUAGUGUAAAUUCAUCAUACGUUUGUUCCAUCAAGUCGACGACAUUGUAUCGUUUCUUUUCAACUGUUAAUCAAGGUUAAAUUCACUCAUUUUAGCAACCCCAAAAUAUACAUAAUCAUGACGCAUCUAGAACUAUGCUCCAUAUUUGUUUUACUUCCGUACAGAAUAGGAUGUUGGUAUCUAUUUUUAGUAGCAUGUAUCCUAUUUCAAUUUCGCCCAUUGGUUUUUCGUGUACAAAACCAUCGGUAUCGGAAGGUUAGGAAUGGGACUUCCUUAAUUUCCAGGUUGAAGUUACAAGACAAACUCAUGGUGACUAGUCAACCGCUAUCAAUUAAUCGUAGUCAGUAACUAUUUAAAUAUCUCGUUCUGAAACUUGGUGAAAUUUACCGCUCCUUUCAGCUCUAGUUUACCGGUUGUUACAUUUUCAAAUGCUCGUCAACUAGCCUUAUCAUAUGUUCCUCUGUUCUUAAUUAUUCAUAAUUUUCCAGUGAUUGCAAUGGGGAGUGUAGAUGAUGUUCGCCUUGUGCUAGAUUACUACAGAGAGUUCGAUGAUCCGCUAGCCUUCUUCCGUGAAAAGCAUGAAGAACUUAUGGAAAUUCAAGCCAAACGUAAACAGGAAACAGAUAAAGCUUUAUCGAAACGCAUUCGACCAACAUUUUCAUUUACUGGUAUGGCUAGAUCCUGAUAUUAUUGAUUUUACCAGCAAUAACAUCUCAGAACGUUGUACAGGAAUAAUCCUCAAGGGGAUUUUGAAAUCCUCUUGUUUUUAUAUAAAUAUAAUCUUAUGUGCUUGAA